CACACAUCAUCAGUUUCAUUCUCUCGCACAGAUCUAGACAGCAAAAGGAUGAUAUGCUGACCAGAGAGAAAUGUCCUAGCUGUGCCCUCAAAAUGGCUAUCCCUUUUUCUGUCAUAGUGCAAUCGACAGAUCAUUGAUUCACCGAGUGAAAGCUCCUUAACCUUUGAAAAUCCUCCUCCUCGUCAGUGUUGUGUCGAAAAUACGUGAGCAGGUUACAUGGAGCUCAUUUUUCUUUUGUUGUGGGCCAUGCUCAGAUCCGGAGAGGCAACUGGACAUGGAAAUGGGAAGUGCCCCGUCCCACACUACAUUGAGUUUGCUGAGAUUACCAUUGACAGGGUCAUGCUGGGCAGCAAGGGGCGAUACAAGUGUGAAGAUGGCUAUAAAAGGACAAUUGGGGAGAGUAAUUUAAUUGUCUGUAUUAAUGAUACUGGGCUCAUUCACUGGACCACAAAAACUUCUGUAUGUACACGGGUCUCCAUGGCUACUUCACAGCAGUCAGAAAGAAAACCACAGAGCAGUGCACCUGAGAAUCCCGUCACCAUAGUGCCAUCUGACACAGCAGGUUAUUGUGGGAUACCCAGCCCUGUGGAACAUGCCACUCCUACGAUGACACAUUAUGCCGUAGGUCAGGAACUGCAUUACAAGUGUCUGAGAGGUUAUGAUGCUCGACCCCCAACCUCUGAUAUCAGCACAUGUAAGGAAGAGAGUGGGAAAAUCUUCUGGACAAAGCUAAAUCUGCUGUGCACUAAUGACAGCAAGAGUGGAGAAGAGAUGACACAACCAAUUCCAAUAACAGAUACAUCAGAACCAUCCCAUGUCCCACCAGUGAUGCUUCAUGUCUGCACAGCUACAUCAGAGCUGUCCCAUGUCCCAUCGGUGAUGUUGCCUGUCACAGUUGCUGUCUCUACUGUCUUCCCAAUCAUUUUCAUCCUUUUGGGGUGGAUCAUCAUACCGAAACUAUGGAGACGGAGGAGUUUUACAGAAGAAGUAAAGACUGAAAAGACAAAGUCCAUUCUAAUAACAGCAGCAAGAGUGGAAAUGGAAAGUGAGGUGGAAGCUCACAGACUAAAAUCCAAUAUGUGAAGGAAGUAGCAGAUGUUUCACCUUAACGCUCAAGCUGGAUUGCAGUGGGACAGACUGGUUCCUGCCUAGAGCCAAGCUAUCUGAGCUCUCAGAGCUCGGAAAAGAUCUAUAGCAUACGGAAUAUGGGCCGUAUUGUUAUUAACAGACAAAGAACUUCUUUCACAUUCAUUUCAAGUUGCUGCUAUGUAUGUAUCUUGAAGAACAUUAGCGGUAAAAACCUAAACAAUUAAAAGUAUGGAAAUCACCAGUUAAGGGCAAGUAAAUGCAUAUUCAAAUAUAUUAAUAGUUUAUAUAAUCUCUUUUUAAAAAGGAACAUGUGUAAAAUGUCACAUUGGAUAUUCCAGAAAUAGCCUUCAAUCUGCCCCUCUAUCCCUGCCCAACCUGACACUGCUUACCAGAAAUUCUCUUCACCCUCCUCUCUUAUAUCAUAUGUAUUUCCAAUAUGGGCUAUAAACUCUCACAAACUACGAGCCAGCACAUGUGGUCCACAGGCCUAACCAGGCAAUAUGGCCAUUAUUAGACAGAGACACCAAUAGAGUCAUAGAAGAUCAGGGUUGGAAGGGACCUCAGGAGGUCAUCUAGUCCAACCCCCUGCUCAAAGCAGGACCAAUCCCCAAUUUUUGCCCCAGAUCCCUAAAUGGCCCUCUCAAGGAUUGAACUCACAACCCUGGGUUUAGCAGGCCAAUGCUCAAACAACUGAACUAUCCCUCCCUCACUGUGUCACUUACUCCUCCUGUACAAGCCACAUAUCUGACUCCCCCCAUCCCACCUCUAACUGCUACAGUCAAGAGAUUGCAGCUUAUCUUAUUUUCCACGCAUUGCCCAGAAAUGACACCUUUCUCACACACUCCCUGUUCUACUUUGUGGGAGGAAAACCCAGUACACCCCCAAUCACUCUUUUCAUGUGAGCUGAAAAGCUCAUCAUACCCUCUUCCUCCUCUCACUGUAAACCAGAGGCUUCACUUUGCACAUACAUCCAUCUUCGUCCAUCCCCUCUACCCUUAUAUUUCAGACUAUCCCAUUCAUCCGAGCAGGCUAGUACAUUGUUUAGCAUAAAGGAAGGAAGGGUGUUGACUUUGUCUGUAAAGCAGUGCUCCCCAAACUGUGGGGCUCACCGCCCUACAUGGGCGCAGAGGAACAUUUUGGGGUGGCAUGCAGCAAGUCCUGGGCCAGCCCUCACAGUGGUUGGGGAGGGAGUGCCACCUAGCCCCACUCUGACCCAAGCCCAGUUCCAGCUCCGGCCCCAGCUCUACUCCACCCCCUGCUCUGCCCCCAACCCAGCUCCAACACCACUCCGCCUCCUGCUCCGCGCCCAGUUCCAGCCCCAGCUCCACUCCGCCCCCAGCCCAGCUGCGCUCUCAUUCCCUCUCUGCCCCCAGGCCAGCUCUGCCUGUAGCCCCAGCUCCUCCCCCAUCCCCAGUUCAGCCCCCAGCUCCACCUUCAGACCAAGCAGCUCUUCUUAGCCAACUGUGCAGUAAUGAAUGGGGGAAGCGGACAGAUUCCAUUACUGGUAAGGGGGAUGCAACAGGAAAAGUUUGGGCACCACUGCUGUACACUGUAUCAAGAAGUACUUGACAGCUCAUUCUGCCAAAGUACUUGGGACCCUGGUAUACAGGGGCAGAAUUAAGUUUGACUUUGGAAUACACAAACUGAUAUUUGACAUGUACAUUUAUUUAUGGGAUCGUAUGAACUGCAAGUGCAUUUGAAUAUUUAUCUACCUUCCCAUAAUUGUUCAUUUCAUACUACUGUAAACUACUAGAAUCGUGGGGUGACUCCAAGAAUAGAAACUACAGCAUCCUGGCUCAGCUUUAUAUUCUGCACCACUGGUUUGUUAAUUCUUUCAAUUUUUUUUCUUGCUCAGUAUUCUUGAUAGUUAUACUUCACAUGGUUGACACUGAACCUAUUGGGAUAGACCUAGCUCAUUAUAUGAAUACCUUUGUUGAGGUGGACAGCUAAUUAUCUAAUCUCAGUGCAUUAUAGAAUACUUGUACAUACAUUUUACCUUUAGAUGCUAUUAUUUUGGGUGGGAAAAGGAGAAGUCCUAUAUUUAUGUCAUAGGGUGGAUUGUUCACACCCUUCAGCUGCUGCAAGAGCUCCGAGUCCUAGCAGAUUGGGAUACAAUACACUGCCUUGUUCCUAAAUUAUCUGACCCUUUUGCUACUUAUUGCUUGCAGCUCCCUAAUAUUUCCAUUAUACAUUGCAGAUGGUUCUGGCAUCUAUAUGCCUGCUGGCAGUUGGUUCUGCUCUGCACAGCUGGUCCAGUGGGCUGUCCUGCUCCGAAAAACUCAUUGGAGAAAAUUAAUCCUUCAUCUGUCCUAAGGUGCACACUGUUAUGGAGAGUUCUCCAAGAAAUAACUGCACUCUUAUAUGUCCCCAACCACCUUGAAGCUUGUCCACUCUCCCGCUUUCUGGCUGGCUCAUGAGUUCCCUCUCAAGUCCUGUUACUUCUUUGUUUCUUGAAAGUUGAAAAAGUUGAAAAAGUUGUUUCUUGAAAGUUCAAAGUUGAAAGAGACAAGCUUUCGAGCUACACAGUGAGUUCUGGCUCAGAUCUGGGAACGGUAGGUAAUCAGUGUCACAGCUAAAUACAAGGUGGAGCAGACAGUUAAGCAUAAGGAGUUAACACAUGUUGCAAGAGACCAUUCAGAAUGAAGUGGGCAAUUAACACCUCUGCAGUCAUAGGACAAAAGAGGGUUAGCAGGGUGCAGGUUGUUGUAAUGAGACAUAAAACCAGAGUCCAUGAUUUCUGGUGUCUUGCUGAGGCUAGGUCUACACUGGCAAUUGAACGACGAAACUUUUGUCUUUCAGAGGUGUUAACCUCGACCUCCCCGGAAGACAAAAGUUUUGCAGGCGACAAGCACCAGUGUGAAGAGCGCUUUGCUGGCAGGUGCACUCUCCCGCUGACCACGCAAACGCCGCUCGUCGGGGGUGGAAGUGUUUCGUCGGCACGAGAGCUGACAAACAGCAGCUACACGAUGCGACUUCUAGUGGCACAGCUGUAGUGACUCAGCCGUGACGCUAAACGCUGGGUAGUGUAGACGUAGCCUGAAGGUGAAGGCCAGGAAAGGGGGUUCCCAGGUAAGCUCCCAGGUUUGACUUUUGAAGGUGUUGUGCAGGUUUCCUGUGAGGAUGUGGACUGAUCGAGUGCCACUGCCCAGGGGGUGGCAAGGUAGGAAUCAUGGGUAGACUGGUUGGCUUAUAGAAUUUACCACUAAGUAAACUAAGUUCACAAUUUCUGACCAACUCUUCAAUCUGACUAUCAAUUCCUGGCCACUGUGCAACACCUCUGCUUCACACAUACCACCCCCCGGGGCCCUUCGUGGGCAGUGGGCCGGCACUUCUCCCUGCAUGGCCUUUGGUACUAUCACCUGGGAGCCCCGAAGUAGACCAUGAUCAGCCCAUGGUGGCAAUUCUUGUCUCACAUGAAAAUAAGCCCCCAGAUAAUCUGGAACAGUUUUUGGCCAACCCUGACAAACAUGUUUCAGAGUAGCAGCUGUGUUAGUCUGUAUUCCCAAAAAGAACAGGAGGACUAGUGGCACCUUAGAGACUAACCAAUUUAUUUGAGCAGAAGCUUUCGUGAGCUACAGCUCACUUCAUCGGAUUUAUGUCUGAGAACUUCUUGUAACACCACAUCCGUGGUCAGCGCCUCUAACAAUGAUGUGGAAGUGACAAGAGAGAGACCAGUCAAGGCAUUAUUAGCCUUUUCCUGGCUCAUAACCCCCUUUUCUGUGGGUUUGCCAAGUAAAGCUGAGAACAGGGGAUCAGCCACUUGAUUGAGUAUACCCAGAUAGUAUUGUACUGAGAAAUUGUACUGAUGUAGGUGAUCAGCCCAUCUAUUUCUGUAUUCUGCGAGUCUACCUGGAUGGCAUUAACAGUGUGGUUAACACCCAGUGGUCGAUGUGUAAAGUGAAAGUGAAGCCAUACAAAUAAUGAUGCUACCUGUCACAUGUCCACAUGCAUGCUAGGGCCUCCUGCCCCACUGCCGACUAUUUCUGCUCAGCUGGGAAGAGCAUUGGGAGGUGACUGCCACUGGGUGUUCCACCCCCUCCCUGCUGGAUCUGGGAGCACACAGCACCAAGAGCCACAGGUGAGGCAUCACACGUGACAAAAGUAGGGGCUCAUAAGGCAAAGUAUGCCCGUGUGGGAGCUGAUGUAAUACGUUCUUUGAGGUUUGUGGCAUGGUUGUAUAAUUGGGGUGCCCAUUGAAGCCACCCAUGGAUGAUGCUUAUUGCUACGGCAACAGCCAAGACCAGAGGAGACCUUGGGGAAUACGUCUCACCAACUGUUCUCCACAAGGUGGAUUUCUGUAUUCUGCAAGUCUAAUACUUCAAAGCUCAGUGUCCGGAAUAGAUCCAGUCUGAGAAGGUUGACCCCAGAAUGGAUCACGUAAAAUGGGACCACUCCCCCGUCUUAUUGAUGAUAUGUCACAUAGAGAUCUAUCUUGUCCAGCAAAGUGAUUUUCACAUUGCCAUAUCCAAAUAGCGUGGACUGCACUGGCCGCAAGGCAAAAUACGCAAAAUAUCUAUGGUAUGUGGUGUAUUUUAUGAGUCAGAUCGUGCUCCAAUGUCCACCAGUAGCAGUGUCUCUACACCCUGUGAUAAAGCAGGACUGUUCUUAAUGUUUCCUCUGAAUAGUGUGGGGGUGCCUCAGUUUCCCCUAUGCAGUUCUUAAGUAUCUAGGUGGUGGAAUAAGGGUGUAUGAUCAUUGCAGAGCCCUAGAGGGCAGGUGUGUGCAGGGGUCUUGACACAGAGAAUGGCUGACACCCUGUUUCCUGGCAACCGAUGGCCUGGGCCUUCCCCCCUGCAAGGUGAGAGCUAAAGGGUUGGAGAACAAAGGAAUCAGGUGACCUCCUGGCCUGGGAAAGGGACAAAGCCCAGAGGAGGAGGGGCUGGAGAGAGUUUCAGUUUGGGGCUGGCUGGGGACAUGGAGUGAAGUGCAGACAUGGUUGUCUGGCUCACUGCUCCCCCCCCCCCCCCAAAAUGGACCCAGCUGAGGGGUCCUGUUCUCUGCACCUACAAGCUGUGUUUUAGACCAUGUUCCUGUCGUCUAAUAAACCUUCUGUUUUACUGGCUGGCUGAGGGUCAUGUCUGACUGCGAAGUUGAGGGGGCAGGACCCUCUGGCUUCCCCAGGACCCCGCCUGGGUGGACUCGCUGUGGGAAGCGCAUGGAGGGGCAGAGGAUGCUGAAUGCUCUGAGGUCAGACCCAGGAAGGGGGAAGUUGUAUGAGCUGUGUGUCCUGAAGACAGUCUGCUCACAGAAAGGAGACUUCCCCAGAGUCCUGCCUAACUCCGUAGGGAGCAGUUCCAGAGCAUCGCCCAGGGACUCCGUGACACACCCGCUAAAUGGCAGGGGCAGAUUUUAAAACUCUGCCAGGCCCGUGUCACCAAAUUGAUCUCCUGAGCAAUGGAAUCAUCAGUGGGGAUGAGGUAAUUGUGAUUGUGUCAUCAUUUUUAUGAAAGAAUUCUUUUAGGCGGAGUCGGCAGAGUCUACUUCUCCACAGAAGAAAUAAAACCCCGUCUGACCACAUACCCCUAAUUGUCAUAUACCACCCCACACUAGAACUCAUCAAGGAACCUCAUCCUGAAAUAAAUCUUUCCUGAACCCCCCUCUUCUGGCCUUCUAACAUCCUCCCACACCAACUUCUCUAAGCUCAUCAUGAGAAGCAAGUUCCCCACAUAUCAGGACACCCCAACUCAAAGCAGCACCAGAUCCUGCCAGAACAACAGAUGCAAAACCUACAAACAUAUCUCCAUUGUUACAAUGACCAACCCUCCCCCCUACACGACACACCUUUUGAGAUCCCUGGGUCCUACAUGUAUCUAUCCCAACAUAUGGUGUACCUCAUCCUGUGCACUAAAUGCCCCAAUAACAACUAUGUGGGUGAAACCAGCCAAUCACUACGCUCUUGAAUGAACUCACACAGGAAAAUGGUAAUAGACAAAAACAACUGUUCACCUGGGGGUGAACACUUUUCCCAAAGUGAUCGCUCUAUAUCUGACCUCUCAGUCUUCAUCCUCAAAAGAAACCUGCACAACUCUUUCGAAAGACGAGCCUGGGAGCUUAAAUUCAUAACUUUGCUGGACUCUAAAAAUCAGGGUCUUAAUAAAAACACUGGUUUUAUGGCUUAUUACAACAAUCCCCCCAUUUUUGUUUGAUGACUAUAGAGGUGUUAAUGGGCCACUGCACCUUGAAUGGUUUCUUAGAAUAUGUGCUGACUACUUAUGCUAAACUAUCUGUUCAACUUUGUAUUUAGCUGUGACCCCCUGAGUAUCUUUCCCAGAUCUCAACAAAAGCUUUGUGUGGCUGGAAAGCUAGUCUCACCAACAGAAGUUGGUCCAAUAACAAAUAUUACCUUACCCACCUUGUCUCCCUUGUUGUAGAGUGGAAGUAUUAAAUGCUUUCAGGCAA